ACUUUGUCCAUUGCUCGAUGAGCUUCAACUUGUAGUAUAUCGUCUGAGCCCUCAGCUAAUCCGUUUCGAAACAACGGGACCCCGUUAUUCGUUUGAUCUUCACCGCCCCACUCUACGUCCGGUACCUGGCAACGUAGUACGCUAUUCAAGUUGCGAUCUGGUUUUGACCCCCUCUGGAAUACCGUUCAUCCUAAAAAUGUCAAAGAUCAUCACAGUCUUCGGUUCAACAGAACCUCAAGGGCUUUCCUUAAUCCACUCCCUCUUAAAAGACCCCAAGUACACCAUCCGAGCCGUUGUCUUGCGGAAAGCAGCAUCUUCAGACCAAGCAAGGAAGCUUCGCGACCUCGGGGUCCAAAUAUUUGAAACAAAUCUUGAAGAUCGGAAGAGUAUAGCCACCGCACUUGAAGGAGCUUACGGAUGUUUCCUUUUUACUGACACUGAUUUCAGUGCUUCCAAUCCGGAGGAGCUGGAAUACCAGCUAGGUGAAAAUGUUGUCGAUGUUGCCAUGGUGAAGAAAGUCCAGCACAUUAUCUUCAGUACCCUCCCCUCUGUCCGACAGGCCAUUGGAAUCUCAGCAGCCAACUGUGACUCCAAGGCCCGGAUCAAUGAUUACAUCAAUGAACGUGAACUUCCCAGGACGAGCGUCAUCUUUCCUUUUUCGUAUCAGAAUCUUGCGACAGUUUUUAAGCCAAAGAAAUUACAGCAGCAUGUCUAUGGACUAGAGAUCCCAAUGUUGAACACCUCCAUCAACAUGUUUGAUGUCAACCAGGCUGGACCCCUUCUCCAUUACAUCUUUGAUAACCCCGCCCAGACGAUGAACAAGACCUUUAACGUGGUCGGAGACAAACUACGAGUCGAUGAGAUAGCUCAGAUAUUCACCAAAGUUCUCAAGCCAAAUGAGUUCAAGGAUAUGAAGAUGCAAGUUGAAGAGUUCCGGCGGCUUCCAGGGGAUGGGAUCGAGGAUCUAGGAAACAUGUUUGAGUAUUUUGCCAGGCACGAUCUACGUUUCAACAUGGAGACCACAAAGAAGAUGCUACCAGACGUGAAGAAGUUUGAACAGUGGGUCGUAGAAAACAAGACAUCACUCUAUGCCAUGUUAUAAACUGAUGAGAUUGAAUAGGUAUAGAUGGCUGAUACCAAAGAUCUGGGACCCGUUUCACAAAGCCAUUCUCAAUGACAAAUGACAAAAAUCAUUGACAAAUCUGCUGAU